AUGUUUCUGAUUGUCCUACCAUAUGUCGAACUCAAAAUCUAUCUGUACAGUGCACAAGAUGGUCAAGCAAUUGAAUACUACGAUUGUGUCAUGAUUGAGUCUCUCUUCUAUUGCCGACGUCCUGAAGAACCUAUUGAUUUACAUCGAGAUAAUGUCACAGAAUCGUGCGAGAAGAACGGUGGUAAAACACAUCUCUUUUCUGAACUGCGAGCGGCACGAGUGAAUGUUAGCACUGUCCUGCAUGAAUGGAAAUCGACCCUCGAACACGUGGAACGCUACUCACGUUACUUAAGAGGUUCUUCUCAAUUAGAUGGACAUAAUUGCGAAUAUCAUCUACCAGUCGGUACAACACUUCAAGACGCUUUAGAAUGGCAAUUAAAGAUUUCUGGUCGUGUGGCGACGGGCAAUGCGUUCGGGACCGAUGUGGGUCUCAGAAAAGGACCGGAAUACGGAGAGUGCCGUAGUCAACGAGACCAACGUUUCAUAUACUGGAUUUUUAUUAACGGUACGGUUCGAUGUGGCGAUGCUCUAGUUUCAACUACGCAGCGAAUUGAGUUCAGUACAUAUUGGAAUGAACGACGGAUCAUCGACGAAAUUUUUUGUAAUCUCAAUAGCUCAACCGUUUUGGGCAAUGGAACGAGUGUUAGAGCCGAACGCUUUUGCUUUCGUUCUUCAAACGAUCAACUAACAUGUUUGAGUGUCACGGUCUUGGGAGAUAAUCGACACGAUUGUCCAAAUCAGUUUGACGAAUUGUGGUUGGGAACGAAUCGAAACUCACAUAGCUUUUCUUUCUUAUUGCGACACUUUCUGGAACACAGGCUCGCAGGAAGUUUGAGGCAAUCCUAA